AUGGAGGCAUCGUGGAACUUCAGGUUUGGGAUCGUCAUCCUUGGGGACUCAGCAGUAGGGAAGUCCUCUCUUCUCCACCGCUACACAGAGGGCACAUUUGAUGACUCCAGACAGUCUCCACUUGGAAUUGAUUUUAAAGUUCAUCAUCUGGAUUUUGACCCGGGUGUUGUAAUUAAAAUGCUCCUGUGGGAUACUGCUGGACAAGAGAGAUUCAGGUCAAUUGCCAAGUCCUACAUGAGGAACUCUGUUGGUUGCUUACUCGUAUUUGACAUCUCCCAGAGACCGACCUUCGAGCGUAUCCACAGUUGGCAACAGGAAGUGCUUGACUAUGUCAAACCUAACCCCAUGAUAUUCAUGCUGGUGGGCCACAAGUGUGACUUGGAUGUACGAAGAGAGGUCACCACGCUGGAAGCAGAGGCCCUGGCUAAGAAGCUCAACAUGGUGGGUUAUCUUGAAGUCUCGUCAAAGGACAACACUAAUGUUAGCCUGGCUUUUCAGACUUUGGCCCAGGGGAUCUACAAUCAGUUCCAGAAACGCAGAAUCUCCAUUCGAGACGGAUGUGGCAUGGGAAGUGGAAGUGACAAUUUCACACUUGACACAGACGACAAACAAGUGGCGCAGAAGUGA